UUCUACUCAAUCAACCAUGGAUUGAUAGCGAUAAUCAGCAAAUCGACUCGGGAAUAAGACUAUAUCGAUCUGUUCUUGGUUGGUUGAUUAGAAACUUGUGAAUCAAAUGGGAUUUUAGCUUCUAGGGAUUUGAUUAUUAAGAAACAAUUCUCUCGUGCCCUAAUUUCAUUCUUAAGUAUGAAGCAGAAGCUCCUCAACUGUUCGAAUAUGCAGGUGAUGAUGAUUCUCUCCUUGUCCUUAUUACUUCUUGCUCCAUUACUAGUUGUUGAAUCAUCUUCUUUGACAAAAGACAACAUAACAAGAGGUUCAACUCUAUCUUUGAAUGAUCCUAGUCCUUAUUGGCUUUCUCCCUCGGGAAACAUUGCUUUUGGCUUCUAUGAGUUACCGUGGCCUCCUGGCCAAUAUGUUGUUGGUAUAUGGUUUGUGAAAUCACCACGACAAUCCCUAGUUUGGACAGCUAACCGUAACGGUAUUCCGUUGCAAAAACCAUCUUCAAUUCACUUCACCAACGAAGGAAAGUUGAUGCUGCGGAGAAUGCCAGAAAAUAAAGAGAAACCUUUAGUACAGGACAUACAAGAACCAGUUUCAUAAGCAGAGAUGCAUGAUGAUGGAAACUUGAUAUUAUAUUGUUUGGAAUCUCAAAUUGUUUGGGAAAGUUUUGAUUAUCCUACCAAUACCAUUCUUGGCAGUCAAAAGUUAAGACCUGGAGUUGAUCUUUUCUCCGGUGGUAACAGGUUAUCAGUUAGACUAAAGAGAUUGUCGAUAUAGUGUUCGAGGUGGAUCGAGAAUCAACAGCAAGAAGAAGGCAGUAUUGUGAAGGAGGAGGUUUAUAUAUAUAGAGCAACACUGAAUUCAGGAGGGGACUUUAAUCUGUACAAGGAAAGAAUUGAUGGCAAUAUUAGUACUGGUUAUGAUAGCAAAUCUUCUUCUAGUCUCGUAAGACUGUGGCCAAAGCACGGGUUGAGUAAUUACCAGAUAAUCGGAAUUGUAUGUAUUGUUGUCACUGAGCUUUUAUUUGAUAUCGCAAUAGUAAUAAUGUGCCACAGAGGAUGCUGAAAAGGAGAGAACCAAAGGUGGUGAUUUUGGAAUUAGGAAAAACAUAUGUUUAACGAGGAGCUGUCAGCUGUGUAAUCUUUUUCUUCCUUUUACCUUUUAUUUGUUGAACAGUAUUUUACUUUU